CAAAAACAAAGUCUGGACUUCUCAAACUGAAGAGCCUGUCCAGAAUUGCAAUCCAGGCAAGAGAACAAUUUCUCAAAAAAGUCCAAGAAGAACGCAAACUGCUCCAAACCCAGAAAGAUAACGAACAAAGCGAAUAUUGGGAGCAUAUGCAAAAGAUGCUGGAGGACUUUAAGAAUGCUAUGGAACAACAAGAAGAGAUGGAGGCAAUUGUUGUUCUAGAAGAGGAUGAAGAAUUUGAGACAGAAUCUGAAACUGAAUCCAACAAUGUCUCAAUUCUUGAAUACCCACAAACUCCAUCACCACUGUAUAUCGAAAACAAGAUAACACUUGCAGAAAUGAUUGCACGAGGUACAGUGGUGAUGCUUCCUGAAAGCCCACAAAGUUUAAUCGUACAAGAUGUGAAGCCUACUGAGGGUCCUGUCUCGGAAUCGCCUUCACCCGCUGUACCAAAAAUGUUGGAGGAACCUGUCCUCCUAACAUGUGUUGAAGACACUUCUCUAGAGGAACCUGUUCUGGAGAAAUCUGAGCCCACCACCGACCCCCUUGAUUCCGAUACUGAUGAGUCUGACGAAUCUAUAGACGAGAAAAUACCUUGUGAUGCUGAACCCAUUCCGUCUAUAGAAACUAUCACUGAAGACUCAGGGGAAGGACAUGUUGUAAUCAUCGAGCCAGCAACUGAAAGUCAGCCCAUUGAAGACUUGGAGAGCCAUGUACUAGCGAUUAAGGCCAAUGAUGUGGAUACACCGAGGAGACUCCCACCACCACCCAUCCGAGACGAGUCUCCUUCAUUUUUCCUGUUGCCACCACGCCACAGGAAUGAGUCAAAGAUCCUGGACUUUGACUACAAAAGAACAGAACAAAGGUGGCAUCAGAAGAGAGUCAAAAAGGACAAACUUUAUGACUCUCGGAUCGGUGUCGACUUGCCCUUCUUUCUUCAGUGCGAGCGGCUCGGCACAGAGGGAAGCCUCUUGCUUCUGAGACCGGUCCUAUGCAGUGGAGGUGGACAAGGAAGUGUCGCCUGGGCCUGCUCGUAUUUGACCUUCCUGAGUAGGGCCGCAUUAAGAUCCAAUGCCUGUUUGUAUAUAACAUUGAUGUCAUGCCUGGGUCCAGAGACCAGCCCAGGGAACAGGUCAGGGCGUAGUCCCUCCAUGAAGUGCUUACACCGCUUCUCCAUUGUCGGUACCAAAUCUCGGCCAAACUCGGCCAACUCGUCGAACUUUUGGCGAUACUCUGAAAGUGUAAGUUCACCCUGGGUGAACUUCAUGAACUCGUCUCGCUUCUCCUCCAUGAAAUGCUCGGGCACAUACUCUUCCCAAAAGAGCUCGUCAAAGGUUGCCCACGGCACUGACUCCGGAACAUUCACCAGUCAUAGGCGGCAUCUUGAAGUAAGGCAAUGGCUAGGUCGCCUCUUUGCUCCAAUGGAACGUGAAGGGUUCCAAGAACCCGACUUAUACGCUCAAGCCAGUGCUUAGCAACCAUUGGUUCGGAGAUCUUGUCGCCUCAGAACUCUUCUGCUCCAUUCUUCUUCAGCUUUUCUAUAGUGACCGCAAUCGCCGGAGGUGGUGGUGGUAGUACAUAUGCCCCCGCCAUCUGCAAGAGGAGGUUGAACAUAUUGGCCGCCAACUCCAGCUCGAGGAUAGGGAUCGGCUGUGGGGCAAGG